AUGGUAUUGGAAACUGGCAAGCCUACUCCUGCUCCUAGUGUUGAAGAUGAUAGCUCUAAAAGAACAGGAACUUGGGUGACCGCAAGUGCGCAUAUAAUAACAGCAGUUAUAGGUUCAGGAGUGUUAUCUCUUUCAUGGGCCAUUGCUCAGUUACGGUGGAUAGGUGGCCCAACUGCUCUCUUGAUCUUCUCCGUCAUCACCUGGUUCACAUCGAUUCUGCUGGCUGAUUGUUGCAGGGAUCCUGUUUCAGGAAGAAGAUGUAGCUGUUACAUGGAUGCUGUAAAAUCUCAUUUAGGAGGCAUCAAUAGCAUGUUUUGUGGAUUAGCACAGUAUGUGAAUCUUGUGGAGGUAACAAUUGGAUAUUCAAUCACUUCAGCUAUUAGUAUGGCGGCGAUAAAAAGAUCAGGCUGCUUUCACAAGAAUGGCCAUGGUGCAGGCUGCCAUGUCAAGAACAUGUUCAUGAUUAUCUUCGGUUUUAUAGAGAUCGUAUUAAGCCAAAUUCCCAACUUCCAUGAGCUCUCGUGGCUGUCCGCGGUGGCUGCCGUUAUGUCAUUUGCGUACUCUUGCAUCGGCUUCGGUCUCUCGAUCGCCAAAGUCGCUGGAGGGUCUCAUUCUAGGACGAGCUUGACCGGGACGAUGGUGGGAGUCGAUGUGACGACCGGACAGAAGAUUUGUAACUGUUUCGAAGCCCUUGGUAACAUCGCCUUCGCCUAUACUUUCUCCACUGUCCUCGUUGAGAUACAGGACACACUGAAAUCAAGUCCACCGGAAAAUAAAUCCAUGAAAAAGGAAACCUCGAUCGGUGUCUCGGUGACUACCGUGUUCUAUGUAUCGUAUGGAGUUGUGGGAUAUGCAGGAUUUGGAAACACCGCGCCGGGCAAUUUCCUAACAGAGUUCGGUUUUUACGAACCUUACUGGCUCAUCGACAUUGCUAUUCUCUGCAUUAUUGUCCAUCUUGUGGGAGCCUACCAGGUGUUCUGCCAACCAAUAUUUAAGCAGGUGGAAGAGUGGUGCUUAAACAGAUGGCCAAACAAUAAUUUUAUGAAAGAAAGUCGGCCAAUCGAACUCCCAUUGCUAGGGGAUUAUACUUUCAGUACGUUCAGGCUAGUAUGGCGAACAUCUUACGUGAUAAAGGCCACCGUGGUGGCGAUGCUUCUCCCCUUCUUCAAUGGCAUUCUGGGUCUACUCGGAGCAGCUUCGUUUUGUCCGUUGACGGUAUACUUCCCGGCCCAAAUGCACAUAUCAAGAGAAAAAAUCCGACCCUUUUUCUGGAAAUGGAUAUGGUUAAACAUCUUGGUGGUUGUUUGCUUGAUUAUAUCACUCCUUGCGGCAGCUGGCUCUACUGCAGUAAUUGCUAAGGAUCUUCAAACAUUCGAGCCUUUUACCUCUGUUUAUUAA